UCAGUCCCAGUGGCCAUUCAUCGCUUUUGUGUAAUAAUCAUCCAGGUAACUAGGUAGCCCAAGCUAUUUAAGAAGGAAUGAGCACAGCUCUCUCUCCCCCUUUUCGCUCUUGGAUAGGUACAUGCAGGCAGAUCCUUGGCUCGAACGACUGACAGAACAUUUACAAAACUGCAAGCAACAUGUGUUACGGGAGAUGCAUUAAAUUUGUUGGGUACAAGCUGCUGAUUCUUGCUGUGCUCUGCAUCAUAGCAAAUAUCCUGCUUUAUUUUCCCAAUGGAGAAAUUAGACACAAUCACCUCAGCAGAUACGUUGGCUGUCUUCAUGGCAUUAUAGGAGGAGGUAUUUUGGUGUUGAUCCCGGCAUUUGUGCUCAUUGGACUCGAAAACGAGGGGUGUUUCCAUGGAUGCUUUCCCCAUGAGCACCAUGGGAGAAACUGCGCACUGCUGGCAUCAGUCGUGGUGGCCGCUGUUGGGAUUCUCGGUGCUGGAUACUGCUUCAUCAUUUCAGCUUUAGCUUUGGCCGAAAGACCUUACUGUUGUUGCACUGAUGACCACACUGGGUGCUGUCCGUGUUACUCUCCUGGAGGGUACCCGUGCCAUGAGCCAAGGUGCUUUGUUACCUGGAACGUGACCCUGUUCGCCAUCCUGCUUGUUCUGAGCGGGAUUGAAAUAAUUAUCUGCACCAUUCACAUAAUAAGGGGAUGUCUCGGAGGUGCAUGUGACGUGUGCCAUGUUCACAAAGAGACCUGCCCUUGCUAAAACGCUUGGACUUGGAAAUGGGUUGAAAACUUCUCAUACUUGACUGUAAUUAUUCCUGUAUUUUUUGAACUGAGACAAAACACAUAUUCUUAGCACUUGUUUUAUAUAGCAUAUGUACUCUGUUCAUGUCACAUACAUUGUUCCCGAACAUCAUUGU